AGUAAAGGGAAACAACCACGUAAGUGCGGACAUCCUAUUCAUCCUCUUUCUUGACGACGUCUGGCAUCCCGGCCCAUACCUCCUCAUUGCUCGGAUGUCGCGGUCGGCUACUACCCCGACAGCCGCGAUGGCGCCAUCGGAUCCACCUCCACCUUCAUUUGUUGCGUAUCUCCUCGCCUCGAUUGCCGAGUGCUGGUAGGUGCCGCCUUGAAAAAUUAAAAUGUUCUCUGCUUCCCAUUGAGCCCUUCUUGCUCUGCUAUCUCUUAGUAUUUCUCAGUCCGUCCGUUUACCUUACUUCAGCAAAUCUACAAGCACAAUGGCAGAGUCCGGAGCCUCAAAUCCAGUCGAUGCCACUCCUCCACCCUACAAAAAAGACCCUGAGCCCACGGGUCUCGCGGUCUCUAGACCGAACAUCGUGCUCUUCAUGCCCGACCAACUACGGUACGACGCACUAGGAUGUUCAGGAAACAAGAUCAUCAAAACGCCCAACAUCGACGCCUUCGCCGCGCGCGGAACCAAUUUCUCCAACUGCUUCACCCAGGCGUCAGUGUGCAGCCAGUCGCGCUGCAGCAUGUUCACGGGGCAAUACCCGCACGUGGCCGGCCAUCGAAGCAUCGAAACGCUGAUCAAGCCCUGGGAGCCGAACGUCUUCCGGGCCCUGAAAGAGAGCGGCUACCACGUCGCGUGCCUAGCGCCGAGAGGCGAUUUGUUCGCACCCACGGUGACGGAGCUCAGUUUCGACGAGCAUGGCUUCCUCGAGACGCCGGAACUCGGCGCGCCCAACUUCAAGGGACAGUGGGCUAGCAAGGUCCCGCUUGAGGAGAGAGACAGUAUCUGGUCGAGACUGUUCUACAGGGGAAGGAGAGACGAGGCCGAGGCGUUUGACUACGACGAGUCGGCUAUUAGGUCCGCUGAGACGUGGCUUAAGAAUCCGCCGGAGGGGCCGUGGGUGCUGUUCUUGCCGCUGAUAUUCCCUCACUGCCCGUUUACGGUCGAAGAGCCUUAUUUCUCAAUGUACAGCCGCGAAGACAUGCCGGCCCCGGCACUGCUGGCUGAAAAGACGGGCCACGAGCCAGGCUACAUGGCAGCAAUCCGAUCGCGGUACAACACCUCGCGCGCUACCCCCGCCAUCUGGGCCGAAGUAACCGCAACCUACUAUGGGAUGAUAACAAGGCUAGACGCACAAUUCGGGCGACUAAUCGACCUCCUCGACAGCACCGCCCUCUUCGCCACCACCAUCACGUUCCUCUUCUCCGACCACGGCGACCACCUCGGCGACCACGGGCUGAUCGAAAAAUGGCCCUCCGGCCUCUCCGCCCCCCUAGUGCACUCCCCCCUCCUCGUCGCAGGCGCCGGGCUCCCCCCCUCCCCCGCCCCGGACCCCGCCCUCGUCGAGCUGCUCGACCUCACGCCCACGCUGCUGCACCUCGCCCACGCGCCCCAGACCUGGGCGCACAACGGCGCGUCCCUAGUCCCGGCCCUGACGCGCUCCGCUCCGCACCCGAAACGCUUCGCGUUCAGCGAAGGCGGGUUCCUUGUUUCCGAGGAGCCGCUGCUCGAGACCGCGGGCUGGCCGUAUGACCAGAAAGCCACGCUGCAGCAUGCGGCGCCGCAGUUGGUGGGCAAGGCCGUUGCGGUGCGCUCGGCGGAGUGGACGUUCGUGUGGCGCCUCUAUGAGCCGCCCGAGCUGUAUGCCCGGAGUGGGCCAAGGGCGGAUCCGCACGAGCUGCAUAAUUUGGCGGCGGAGAGCGAGUGCGAACACGUGGUUAAGGAGAUGGAAGCGGUGUUGUUGCGCUGGUUGGUCGAGACGGGCGAUGUGUUGGCUUGGGAGAGGGAUCCGAGACGGCCGGUGGUGAGGGGGCUGGAGAGCCCGAGGAAGCAGUAUGAGAGGCGGGUUAGGGAGCGGGGGGGUGCUGUGUAGGGUUGUGUUUGGG